AAGUUCUGAGAGCAUUAUAUUGAAUAUCUUUACCUACCAACUUGUGCUUUAACUAGAGAUUUUGAUCUUUGAGAGAUCUUUGUUUGUAAUCCUCUUCUUGUGCUAUUAGUGAAUGAUCUUGGGGGAGUGUUGAUUCCUUCAAGAGUGAUCUGUAGAGAGGAUCUUUCGAGUUUAAGUGUAAAGGGCAUCGUUAAUCUUUCUUCGAGGCCUAGUAAUAAAUUGUGCUUUGUUUGAUGAGAUUUUAUCCUCGAAUUCGAUUCGUUGUUGAUGGGGGAUCCUUUAUAAAGUACAAGGUGGCGUCAGAGGCGCUGUUGAAGAGGGUGUCAGAGGUGGAGUUAAAGAGCGCGUUAAAGUGGCGGUCAAAGGCGUCGUUAAAGGAGGCGUUGUUAAACGAGCAGUCAGAGGCAACGGUGGGCCACGUUCAGAAAAUUAUUAUACCAUCGGCGCCAGGCAUUGCGGAAAAUAUACCCAUCCUUACCGGUGAGGAAAAUGAAUCUGAUGAUAUCUCAGCAAACACAGGUGAAGCUCUGGACGGGGCACUUCUGAGCAGAAAUACAAUUGCUAUUCCAAUAUUUUUGGAAAAUGGAUAUGAUAUUGAAGCAAAUAGAGGCAAUGUUCAGGAUGGAUCGAGAAACCACCCGCCAAGAGGCAAUGUGGACAACCAGGAUAAGACUCAGGUGUUGGAAAGUGAUCUCAAUGACUUUCAAACGCUGCAAAGAAACCUCUUCGUUGGCAGUGCAGAACAAGAACAAUCAAACACUUCAGAUGAUGAUGAAAGAACACCUAUAGGGUAUGCAACCCAACCUGAAGAACAAUUUCACAUCUCGUCUGAAGCUAGACGAAGGCAUUCCAUGCAUAAUACUACACGACCUGUGGAGAGACCUGUAGAAUCUGCUUGGACGUCCGAGCUGGAAGAAAGAACAAGAGUUUUAGAGAUGGCCAUGGGAAAAAUUCUCUCUCACUUGAUCCCCGAUGACCUUUUAAUUCCCUUGCUGAAUAGGGGCGAGCAACCCGCAGCAGUAGUUGCAACCCGCAACUCCCCGACCUUAAGCAAUAUAGUGGUCCCAACCAGACCAAGAGGAAACCCGGAUGAACAUUUGCAUACUUAUCAAGCCAUCAUAAAAAUUCAGAACGCCACUGACGCCAUGAUGUGCAAAGUCUUUCCCGCGACAUUGAAAUCCACGGCCAGAAGAUGGUACCACAAGUUACCUAGACAUUCUAUAGCCUUAUAUUCUGAACUCACCACUUUGUUUUCAAAGAAGUUUGUGAGUCAAAGAGAAAUUAAGCAUACCGCUACUGAGCUGAUGCAAGUUCAUCAGAAUGAGGGAGAGUCUUUAAGGGACUAUAUGCAACAAUUCAACAAGUCCACUCUGGACAUUGAUAAUGUCCCUAAUACCAUCUGCUUAUCUGCUUUGUUGCAUGGCCUCAAGCCUGGCCGGUUCUUGGAUGACCUGCUAGAGAAUCCACCUAAGUCAUGGAAUGAAGUAAAUGACAAGUUGGCAGGUUUUAUACUGUCCGAAGACUUUCAAUCCUCUAACAGACGAGCUGAUGACAGACAGGGUCCUAGAUAUUGGCACAGAUAUAACACUGGGUCAAGAGACCUCCUCCCCAAACGCACGAUUCCUCACAAGCUGACAGAAAUGCAGCUAAACCUGAGCUCUUUGAGGAAGUAUAAGGGACCAAUAUACGAAUUUGACAACCAGCCCGUCCUUGUUGAAGGAGUGAUUACCCUUCCCAUCUAUGUGGGUGUUAAACCACGGUUUAGGAUGGCGUCAGUAGGUUUUUUGGUCGUUAAGAUGGACUUAGCUUUCAAUACUAUAAUGGGAAGAGCUAAACUUUAUGAAUUGAAAGCUGUCAUUUCUCAACCACACCUGUGUAUGAAGUUUCCAACUCCUCAGGGUGCCGAGCCAGUAGAAUCGGUUGAAACGAUUCCUUUAAGCCCAGAUGAACUAGAUAAAACAGUGAAAAUAGGAACCAAACUCACACCGGAAGAAAGAACUGAGCUCUUGGAAUUUCUAAAAGAUAAUAAGGAUGUAUUUGCAUGGACAGCAGAUGAAAUGCCUGGCAUACCAACAGAGUUUACAGUCCACAAGCUCAGUACAGAUCCCACCAAGAAGCCGGUGGUUCAAAAGCGCGGCCUUGUGGGCCUUGAGAAGCAAGCUUCAUUAGGAGAGUUGAAUAUUCUGACAUGCCCCAAAGAUCCACAUCCCUUGCCUAAUGUGGAGAAAUUGGUAGAGCGAGCGGCAGGGCAUGAACGCAUGAGCUUCCUUGAUGUUAGCUUGGGGUAUCAUCAAGUUCAACUGCUAUUAGAUGAUCAGGAAAAAAUGACAUUUUACGCAGGGGAUGCGAUUUACUGUUAUGUAAUGAUGCUGUUUGGGUUGAAGAAUGUUGGCGCGACAUAUCAAAAAUUGGUCCAAGUCAUUGUUAAGCUACAGAUUGGCCGGAAUAUUGAAAUAUAUGUGGAUGAUAUGAUUGUCACCAGUCUACGAGCUAAGGACCAUGUUGACGACCUAAAGGAGACAUUUCAAAAUUUAAGACGGGCGCAGAUGAAACUAAACCAGUUGAAAUGUACGUUUGCUGUGGAAGCAGGCAAAUUCCUGGGAUAUGUGGUAUCCAAGAAGGGAAUUGAGGUGAACCCAGACAAGGUUGAGGCCGUGCAACAAAUGGAAUCCCUCAAAACAAUAAAGGAUGUCCAGCGUUUAAUAGGUCGUCUUACCGCUCUGCACAGAUUCAUCGCCAGACUGACGGCUGCAGAAGAAACUACACAGCCACACCCUGUGUGGGCUUUAUAUGUGGAUGGGGCAGCCAAUGUUGAAGGAUCAAGAGCGGGAGCGGUGCUACUAGGUCCGGAUGGCUUCCAAUCUAAACAUGCCCUGAGGUUUAAAUUUCAAACAACGAAUAAUGCUGUUGAAUACAAAGCACUCAUUUACGGCCUGAAGUUGGCGUCCGAGCUAAAAGCACAGAGCUUAAGAGUCUUUAGUGACUCUCAGCUUGUAGUAAAUCAAGUAAAUGGAAGCUAUGACAUCAAAGACCCUCAGCUCGGUCGAUACCUGUUUGUGGUCAAUAAAUUGAAAUCAAGUUUUAUCUCAUUCCAAAUUGACAAGAUACAGAGGGCAGAUAACCGCCGAGCUAAUGAACUAUCAAAGUUAGCCUCCUCACAAGACAUCAACCCUCAGAGGAUCACGAUAGUUGAAAUGCUAGACGCACCGAGCUAUACCAGUCUAAAAGUCGAGUGUCAAGUACUGAGCACAGACCCCUCCUCACCGAGCUGGACUACACCUUUGAUUAAGUACUUACAAACCGGUGAACUACCAGAGGAUUCAUCUGACGCACGCUUGGCCAAGAGACUUUACUUCGUCUCAAACCUAUCUCAUUCGGAAGUGCAAAAUCCAUUAUACGAGAUCGCCUUUGCGCCCCCACUGAGCUCGCCAAUAAGCGCCAAACUCACACAAUUGUUUUGACACCAGCUUGCCCACGCAUGCUCGGUAGGAAACCAGUAUAUACAUACACAUCAGAUUAGACCGCGCUGGCCUUAGGUC